CCUGUAGAGGCCUUUCGUUCUGUGUUAUACGACACAAUACAUACACCAGGCAAGUGGAAAGGAGCAUUCCAGAGGGCAACCCCGGUGUAGCCAGGCUGGGUCUUAUCGGCUCUGUUUUGAAUCUUCCCUAUCCUUCACCUUCUGCCUCCCAGACUCGCAGACCACCUGUCUUCUCUUCACACGACUAUAAUGGCGAAGAAGAAGAAAGGCCCUGUAGCAAAACCCGCAACUGCAAAAUGGUUCGAGGAUGACGGCGAUAUGGUCGAAUAUGUCGUCGAAGUAAUCAAGCCUGUCGAUGAAGUCGUCGAGUCGGGAGUUUCAGGGACGGUGGAGCAUAAUCGCAUUACCGACGCUUCUGAGGCAAGAGAUCCAUCAACAUGCGGUUACACUCGGCCACUCUCGCCGUAUACACCGCGACAAUUGAACUCUGGUACUCAUCUCCAGUAAAAGUUUCAUGGGUACAAGGCCUCGUUACUGACGAUUUAGAUCCUGCCGAUGCGAUCGAUACCCCUAGAGUCAUCAUUGACGACGUCUUCGACACAAACCACCCACACGCGAGCAAAUUUGAAGACGGGACACAAGCCGAGUGCAGUAUCCUCGUUGCCAGGUGUCGCAUGUGCACGAGAAUGGCCUGGGUACAAUCUACCAGUCGCAACCUGGUUGAGGCGGUCCUUUCGCGGACGGAUGUCGCCAAUGGCAUGGUCUUGAUGACAUGCGCUAGGUGUGCCAAACGUGAUGCGGGUUCGGAUAAGACUACCUCGCUCGAUAUUCAUCCUGAGGCAUGGACAGGAGCGGACAUACUUCAGGUAGCUAGUAACUCGACGGGGCUUCAAAUGCGAAUGCUUGGCCGAGGUCAGACCAGGACAGCGGUCAUUAACCUACUGGCUUUGAUACAAUCUCUCCGGGACGAUGAGACAUGGGGUGAGGUUGAUGUCGAAAGGUAUAGCCACGGAGAACGCGGGCCCACACUUCGACUGGGGAGCAUCAAAGGAGGUCUGAUUUGAUGGUACCUUUCGUCAAAAUCCUUGUUCGGUACAUUGUAUUGC